AUGGACAUAGACGUAAGGCUGGAGUCAAGUCUAUGGGUCGGGAAAAAAAGAUACCGGGCACUACUAACAGGCUGGUAUUUCAACUGGACCGAAGUUGAUAAGAAGAAUCGCGAUAAGAGAACAAUUUCAGUGCCCGUGGCCGAGGUGGUUGGAGUGGAGGAGGGCCGAGUGGAGAUACUGCCCCAGAAGUCUGUUGAAGACACUGACAAAGACUUCACAGUUUUUUAUGUGAAGCGCUAUAGCAGUGGUGGGAGAUAUGGGUUGCUAUGGCGACUAGGCCGGACCCAAUUCAGCUGCCCGAGUCGGGUCCUGAGAGAUCAGUGGACCACACAUCUGAGAUCCGCCCUCAAAACACACAGUCCUUUGAGGCCACACAGGCUGCUGGUGUUCAUCAACCCAUUUGGAGGGAAGGGGAGAGGAAGACAGAUCUACCAUUCAUUGGUUGCCCCUCUGUUUGAGCUGGCUGGUAUCAGCUCUCAUGUAGUGGUCACUGAACGUGCAAACCAGGCCAGAGACCAUCUACUGAAGAAAGACCUGACGGGCUUUGACGGUGUGGUGUGUGUGGGCGGGGAUGGAAUGUUAAGUGAAAUACUCCACGGUUUGAUUGGACGCACACAACAGGAGGCGGGCCUCUCUGAGCAUGAUCCCUCUGUGGCUUUGCGGCCCUGUGAUCUGCAUAUCGGUAUCAUACCUGCAGGCUCGACGGACUGUGUAUGUUAUGCCACAGUGGGAGUGAAUGAUCCUGUUACCUCAGCGUUACACAUCAUCAUCGGAGAUUCUCAGCCUCUGGAUGUGUGUUCUGUCCACCACCCCUUUGCUUCGGUGCGCUACUCUGUGUCCCUGCUGGGCUAUGGCUUCUAUGGGGAUGUCCUGGCUGAGAGCGAGAGACACCGCUGGAUGGGACCUCUCAGAUAUGACUACUCAGGUGCUAUGGUGUACCUGAGCAACCGUAGCUAUGCAGGCACAGUUGAGUAUCUACCAGCAGACCCCCUGUCCUCCAGCCCCAGGGACAACACACGCUGCCUCUCAGGGUGCAGUGUGUGCUCCACAAGCACAGAAAAACUUUUCCCCCACUCUUCAGAUUCUGCCUCCCUGUACAGUUCCCACUUCAGUCAGUUCAGCUGUGACUCAGAAGGUGAGUGGGUGAGUGUGGAGGGCAGGUUCAGGUGCGUGUCUCUCACUUGUAUGUCCAGCUCCUGUCCUCGCAGUCCUCUUGGUCUGUCUCCUUCUGCUCACCUGGCCGAUGGGACAGGAGACCUAAUCCUGGUAUGGGACACCAACUCUCUUGCCUUCCUCAAGUUCCUCCACAGACACACUAGCACACAGGACCAGUUUGACCUGCCCUUUGUGGAGGUCCACCGCGUGAAGGCAUUCCGUUUCUCUCUCCCCCCUGGCGAAGUGGAGGACAACGGUGACGAGCAGGACAGGGAGAUGAGCUUAGGGAAAGAUGAACAACUUAAAGCAUGUGAAGACGGCGGCGAGACCAACAGCAGGAAUGGAUCUCGGCAGCAGCUGGCCGAGAGAGGGCAGGAGCAAGGGAUGACGGAUGACAAGAAGAGGAAGGUAGCCUUCAUCUGUGGCCAGUGCUGCAGUAAAGCUCCCACUACUUCAGUGUGGAACUGCGAUGGAGAGAUCCUACCAUUCACUGAAAUCUGUUGCAGAGUCCAUGGUCAACUGGUGCGUCUGUAUGCCAGGGGCAUUGAGGACACAGCAGCAGCAGCGCAGAACUACACAGGGGGACUCGAUAACUCAGAAGGACGAUAUGUGUCAAAUAGCUAACGAAUGUAAACUAACAAUGUAAACUCAAUCUAAAUUGAGGAGAGAAAUGAUGCAGGGAGUGAAUGCAAGAAAAGGAAAUUGUACAAAUGCAUCACAAAAGUUACUGACCUUUCCAUUUCAGGAUACUGUAGUCGCUCUUGCACAAAGGAUUCCUCAUAUUUCACUUUUUAAAGGUUUUAGCAUCACAAUAACAAACAGCUUUAACUGAGGCUCUCUCUAGCUUAUUCUCUCUCAUCCAUUCUCAUUCUCUUUCUCUCAUU